AUGCUUCCCCGAGUCUCCCUUGUUCUAUUUGCCCUUGUGGCUACAGCAACUGCCUCGCCCGCACGAGCCGACAGGAGGAACCCGCCACCGGCACCCGCACAGCCCGCCGAGUGCAAACCGACGACGAUUACUGAGCACGUCACGCAAACACAGCAUGUCACAAAGGAGGUGAACCACACGCUUCCCCCUCAAACUGUCGAGAAGACGCUGCCUCCGACGACUGUGGAAAAAACGCUGCCCCCGACGACUGUCGAGAAAACGGUUCACGUCACCCAGACCGCCACCAAGACGCUCCCACCGCAAACCGUCCAUGUCACUGAGACUGCCACGAAGACAGUCCACGUGACGCAGACCCAGACGCAGACCCAGACCAAGGAGGUCACCAAGGUGCAUACGAAGGAGGUCACCAAGACCCUGCCGCCUCAGACGGUGCACGUGACCCAGACCGCGACUAAGACGGUCGUCUCGACAAAGGUUGAGAAGAUGGAGGUUACCAAGACCCUCCCUCCCUCGACCGUUGUAUCGACCAAGGAAGUUGUCAAGACCCUGCCUCCCCAGACUGUGCACGUCACGCAAACGCAGACCAAGGUCGAGACCAAGGAGGUCGUUAAGACCCAGACCAAGGUCGAGACUAAGGAGGUCGUCAAAACGGUGCCCGUCACUCAGGUUAAGGAGAAGAUCAUCACCCAGACCCGCGAGGUGCCCGUCACCAAGGUCCAGGAGAAGAUCGUCACGCAGACUAAGGAGGUGGUCAAGACUGUGCCUGUCACCCAGGUGAAAGAGAAGAUCAUCACCCAGACCCGUGAGGUGCCCGUUACCAAGGUGCAGGAGAAGAUCGUCACUCAGACCAAGGAGGUCGUCAAGACCGUCCCCGUUGUUCAGACCCAAGUGGUCAGCAAGGUCCUUACCGAGACUCGCGAUGUUGUCAAGACGGUCCCGGUCGUUUCUACCCAGGUCAAGGAGGUUAUUAAGACUGUCGUAUCGACCCAGCAGGGCUCGCCAGUCCACGUCACCAAGGAGGUCGUUCGCACCGUCACGCAGACUGGUGCCCCAGUUACCGUCACGCAGGCUGUCACUCACGCCGUUACCCAAACCAAAGAGGUUGUUCGCACCGUUACCGAGUCUGCCCAGGUCGCCCCUGCGCCGAAUGUCCCUCCCACGACUGUGACCAAGGAGAUGAUCCGUACCGUGACCCAGACUGGCGCACCGGUGACCGUCACCCAGACGCAAGCCGGUGCCCCUGUGACGGUUACCCACACCAUGCAGGGAGCUGCCGUCACCGUCACCCAGACGCAAGCCGGUGCCCCUGUAACGGUUAUCCACACCAUGCCUGGCGCUGCUGUUACAGUCACCCAGACGCAGGCUGGCGCCCCUGUGACGGUCACCCACACCAUGCCUGGGGCUGCUGUCACAGUCACUCAGACUCAGGCCGGGGCUCCCGUCACGAUCACGCAGGCCGUCACUCACGCUGUCACCGAGACCAAGGAGGUCGUCAAGACCAUUACCGAAUCUGCUCAGGUUGCCCCGGCACCGGUUGCCCCUCCUCAGACCGUUACCAAGGAGGUCCCCGUUCACGUUACCGUCACUCAGCAGGCUCCGGGCAGCGAGAUGACUGUUACCAAGGAGGUUCCCGUGCAUGUAACCGUCACCCAGGGCCAGGCCGUCGAGAAGACGGUCACCAAGGAGGUCGUCAAGACCGUCACCGAGUCUGCCCAGGUUGCUCCCGUUGCGCCUCCGGCGACCGUUACUAAGGAGGUUCCGGUUCACGUUACCGUCACCCACCAGGCCCCUGGUAGCGAGAAGACUGUUACGAAGGAGGUUCCCGUUCACGUUACUGUUACCCAGCAGGCCCCUGGCAGUGAGAAGACUGUCACUAAGGAGGUCCCGGUUCACGUCACCGUCACCCAGCAGGCCCCUGGCAGUGAGAAGACUGUCACUAAGGAGGUUCCCGUGCACGUGACCGUCACCCAACACGGACAGGGCGCUGAGCGUACCGUCACCUCGGUCCAUCAGGUUGUCCACACCGUCCAGGUACCCAUCGUCCACACCAUUCAGGUGCCCGUUGUACACACCAGCGUUGUUACCCAACACGUCCCCGCCCCGGCGCAGACCGUCACGGUCACCGCGGGAGCCGGCCACGCAGCUCCCCCGUCGCACUCUAUGCCGCCCAAGGUCGUCAUGCCAGCUCACUCGGCACCGCCCGCCAACAACCAUACGGCCCCGGCAGCUGCGACCUCUUCUCACAUGCCUCCCCCGGCUGCCACAUCGUCUGCCCACAUGAUGCCGCCCGCACACUCGGCCGCACCGCCCGCGGCCGAACACUCCAUGCCGCCUCCUGCUGCGGCACCGAGCAUGCCCCACGAGCCGGCCUCGCCCGCCGCAUCUCCGAUGCCGCACGCUUCGGCAGCACCCGAGGCAGCACACCCCGCAGCCGCAGAGGACACCAAAGCCCCAUCCAAGAGGAUGGCCCGGAGAUAUUCGGCAUAA